AUGGAAUUUAAUGGUUAUAUUGUGCAAGGACCUGCAGCGGCGGCGCAAACAGCUUUUGCGAUUUCAACUGUUCCAGUGAUGAGCUUUGUGUAUCCGUUUGCGUCGCUUGGAAUCAAUAUCGUGAUCUUUUUCGCUUUGCUUCAUUUGAGAUGGAAACGAAAAAGUAAAAAGGCAAUGGGGACAAUCGAGUGGAAUCUCUUCUUGAUUUGUCUUUUCACUCUCAUCAUUCAAUUCCUUCUGAUGUUGUUUUUGAGAUACGCGUAUAAAAUAUUUGAUCUAUCAACGGUUGCAUUCGGGUUGAAUCUUGUCUCCGAUUUCUCAACGUUAAGCGAAACUUUCAUCGGUUUGGCUUUGAAUACGACAAUGCGUGGGGAAAUGAUUCGCAUGCUGAUCAAAUCGACAAGCUUCAGGAAGAUUUUCCAAGGAUCGUCCACCCGACAAGAAACAUCAAGUCUAAAAGUCACUGCUUGUAUCUGGUACGAUCAUCUCUGCCCAUCUUGUAUCUCCGAUGGCUACUGCAAUGCGUAUCUGGACGACACUGAUGAGCAACCAGCCUCUUCACCCCAACCCUGCAAAUGCCGAAAUCGUACCAAUGACUACGAGGUUGACAAUCAAGCUCUAAUGCACAUUCUCGAUGAUCAACAC